CUGGAAAGUUCCUCAGCAGCCCGCCAUCUCAAGGGCGCCUUUGGGGAACGGCGACUUUGAUCCCACGGCGUGGGGCGUCUGCUUUGCUGCACCGUCUCCGGGCAAGACCAAGACCAUCAUGGGACGUGGGCGCUACCACCUCGUGGCUGCGCUGCUGCUGGCCCUGAGUGUGGAGAGGGUGCGAUCGGGGCAGGGCUCCUGCCGGGACUGCCCGGCGGGUACUUUCUGUGCGAAAACCGAGACGCCGACCUGCGCCCGCUGCCCCCCCAACAGCUUCUCGCGCACCCCCGGGCAAGAGGCCUGCCGCCUGUGCCGGCGCUGCGAAGGUGUUUUCAGGACGAAGAAGAGGUGCUCUCCGACCAGCGACGCCGAGUGCGAGUGCGUCCCGGGCUUCCACUGCCGCGGCGCCGCGUGCGCCAUGUGUGAGCCGGACUGCGGGCGAGGCCAGGGGCUGACGGCGGACGGCUGCAAAGACUGUGACUCGGGGACAUUUAACGACCAGAAACUCGGCACCUGCCGACCGUGGACGGACUGCGCUCGGGAUGGGAAGGCCGUGCUGGCGAACGGGACGACGGAGAGAGACGUGGUGUGCGGGCCACCCUCGGCGGACCCCUCCCCAGACGCCCCCCCCCGCCCCCGCGCCCACCGCGCCCGUCCCCGGCCCCCCAUCAGCAUCCUCCUGCUGGCGCUGGCGGCGGCCGCGGCCCUGGCCCUGCUGCUCCUGCUGGCGCUGAGGUCCUCGGAGGCCCAGCAGGGCCGGCGGAAGCUCCUGUCCCUCCUCAAGCAACCGUUCCUGAAGCCGGUGCGGACCGCCCAGGAGGAGGACGGCUGCAGCUGCGGAUUCCCCGAAGAAGAGGAAGGGGAGGAGGGUCAGCUGUGA